AUGCACAAUGGGAAAGUAGUAGACGAUAGAAAAGUUAUCGUAAUAACUGGAACAAACAGUAAUUUGGGUUUAAAUAUUGCUUAUCGAUUCAUUGACACAUCAGACAAAGAGACAAGAUUGACAUUCGUGGUUACCUCUAGGACGUUACCUCGUGUCAAGGAAGCUAUCAAUUUAAUUAAGGCAUAUACUCAUAAAUCUAAAAGAACUGGUAUAGUGGAUUAUGAUUAUUUCUUAGUUGAUUUUACCAAUAUGGUUAGUGUCUUGAAUGCGUACUAUGAAUUAACUAAAACUUAUGAUGCUAUUCAUUAUUUCUUUGUCAAUGCAGCUCAAGGCGUAUAUGACGGUAUAGAUUGGGUCGGUGCAAUGAAGGAAGUAAUAGCUAACCCACUAGAGGCAGUAACUAAUCCUACGUACAAGAUGCAAAAGGUUGGAGUCAAAUCUAAGGAUAAUAUGGGCCUUGUUUUUCAAGCUAAUGUAUUUGGUCCAUAUUAUCUCCUUCACAAAUUAUUACCACUAUUAUCAGCUGGAAAUGGUACAAUUAUUUGGAUCUCGAGCAUUAUGUCAGGCCCUAAAUAUUUGUCAUUACAAGAUAUUGAGUUAUUAAGGACUGAUUCGUCGUAUGAAGGUUCCAAAAGAUUAGUUGAUCUACUUCAUUUAGCCACUUAUAAAGAACUAAAGUCAAUGGGGAUCCAUCAGUAUAUUGUUCAACCUGGAAUUUUUACAAGUCAUUCAUUUUUCAAAUACUUGAAUGUUUUUACAUUUUAUGGUAUGCUAUUAUUGUUUUAUAUUGCUAGAAUAUUUUUAGGAUCUAAGUGGCAUAAUAUUAGUGGUUAUAAAGCUGCAAACGCUCCUAUUUAUGUCGCUUUGGAGAUGGAUAAAUCCAAUUACGAAGGCGAAGAGCUGAAAUAUGGUUCUGCCACUACAAGAUCAGGGAAAGAGUAUAUUAAAGCUCAAGAAAUUAUUCCAAUUGGAUCAAGUGAUGUAUAUGAUUAUAUUAAAUUAAAGGAGAAAGAAUGGGAUGAAAAAUUAAAGGGUCAAAUUACAAAUACAAGAAUCCCUAUGUAA